CAGCGGCCGCGAGGGCUCCGCGGGGCACUCCCGGGGCAGCUCCCGGUGCCGGUGCCGGUGCCCAUGGCCGGGGAGAUGCCGGGGGAGCCCCGCACGCUGCGGCUGCAGCACGGGAACCGCAUCGAGGCCCUGUGCGUGCUGGGCGGCCACGUCCGCGCCGACGUCUUCGGGGCGGCCCCCGCCGGGGCCGUGGCCUUUGGCGUGAAGCACACGGAGGGGGUCAGCGUGGAUGUGCUGUUCCGCGGCCGCGCCGAGCCCGAGGCCGUGUCCGGCGCUGGCGCGCGGUGGCCGCUGGACGAGGGGACGGUGCUGAGGUUCAGCAUGAGCCGGGCCAGCUCCGAGGUCAACGACAACAAGGUCACCGUCAGCUUUUACGCAGAGGGAGGGAAGCCCAUCAACCAAGCCGGAGUGUUCCUCACUGGUGUCGGGAUCUCCCUGGACGUGGACGCGGAUCGGGAUGGAGUGGUGGAAAAGAACAGCCCCAAUAAGGCGAGCUGGGCCUGGGGACCAGAGGGACACGGGGCCAUCCUGCUGGUCAGCUGUGACAAGGAGUUCCCCUUCAUCCCGCCCUCCGACUGCGACAGCGAGCAAGUGUUCAACAGGGAAGAUUUGCUGGACAUGGCUCAGAUGGUGCUGAGGACAGAGGGGCCCCAGCGCCUGCCCCGGGGCUAUGAAAUCGUCCUCUCCAUUUCUGUCAGUGACGCCGACAAAGUUGGGGUCUUCCAUGUGCAGAAUCCCUUCUUCGGACAGCGCUAUGUGCAGGUGCUGGGCUGCAGGAAGCUGUUCCAUGCCGUUCCCUACCCCGGUGGGAAUGCUGAGCUCCACUUCUUCGUGGAGGGGCUGUGCUUUCCCAGUGAGACCUUCUCCGGGCUGGUAUCCAUCCACGUCAGCCUCCUGGAGCCACUGGCUGAGGUCGGGAAUGCCCAGGAACUCUGGGAACUCUCAGGAAUGGGGCAGAUGGGAGGCUGCACCCAGCAGAUCGGGACGGGCAUCCCCCGCUCACCAAUCUUCACGGACACCGUGGUGUUCCGGGUGGCACCGUGGAUCAUGACUCCCAACACCCUGGCCCCGGUGAACCUCUUGGUGUGCAGCAUGAAGGACAACUACCUGUUCACCAAGGAGAUCCAGAGCCUGGUGGCCAAGGCCGGCUGCAAGCUGAAGGUUUGCUUCGGCUACAUCAACCGUGGAGACCGCUGGAUGCAGGAUGAGAUCAAGCUCGGCUACACCCAGGCUCCCCACAAGAGCUUCCCAGUGGUGCUGGAUUCCCCUCGGGAGAGAGGGAUGGAGCAACUCCCUGUCAAGGAGCUGCUGGGCCCCAAUUUCGGCUACGUGCACAAGGAGCCUCUCUUCGAGGCCGUGGCCAGCCUGGACUCCUUCGGGAACGUGGAGGUCAGCCCGCCUGUGUCCAUGGCUGGCAAGGAGUAUCCCUUGGGAAGGAUCCUCAUCGGCAGCAGCUUCCCCACAUCCGCGGGCCGCAGGAUGACCAGGCUGGUGCGGGAUUUCCUCUACGCCCAGCGCGUCCAGGCCCCCGUGGAGCUCUACUCUGACUGGCUGGCCGUGGGCAACAUCAACGAGUUUGUCAACUUUGUCCCAGCCUCUGACAAAAAGCGAUUCCGGAUGCUGCUGGCCAGCCCGGCCGCCUGCUACCGGCUCUUCCGUGAGAAGCAGAAGGAGGGUCAGGGAGAAGCCACCAUGUUCAAAGGGUACUCGGGGACAGAUACCAAGCGCGUCACCAUCAACAAGGUGCUGUCCAACGACGUCCUGGCGCAGCAGAACCAGUACGUGCAGCGCUGCAUUGACUGGAACAGGGAUAUCCUCAAGAAGGAGCUGGGCUUGCUGGAGGAGGACAUCAUCGACCUGCCGGCCCUCUUCAAGCUGGACAAGCAGGGAAAAGCCAUUCCCUACUUCCCCAACACGGUCACCAUGAUCGUGCUGGCCAGGGACCUGGGCAUCCCCAAGCCGUUUGGCCCGGUGGCAGGUGGCGAGUGCUGCUUGGAGCAGCGGAUCCGCGCGCUGCUGGAGCCGCUGGGGCUGUGCUGCCGCUUCCUGGAGGACGUGGCCUCCUACCACGGCAGCCUCGGCGAGGUGCGCUGCGGCACCAACGUCCAGCGCCGGCCCUUUGCCUUCCAGUGGUGGCACUUCACACCAUAGCCAGGCCUCUUCUUCAUCCUCUUCCUCCUCUUCCUCCUCCUCCCUCCACCUUUGCCCCCAGCGUGUGUUGCUUGUG